GUUAGAUAGCUGGAGUACUGCGCAUGCGUGUUGUCGGAUGGCAAUUGAACGCGGAGGCUUCCGUAGGGGGCGGGAAAGAAAAUGGCGGCGGCCGUGUUGCGAGAGUUGGGUGGAUUAUGGAUACAGAACCUGAGGACCCGGGGGACGCUAACCUUGGGGCUGCCUUCCUGUCCUGGUGUUUUAGCCCUGUCACACGUCCACACGAGCGCUCCUGUGUCCGGCAAGUGGGAGAAGAAGAAUACGGUUGUUUACCCUCCACAGCAGCCCGGCGAGCCUCGCAGGCCAGCGGAAAUCUACCAUUGUCGAAGACAAAUAAAAUACAGCAAAGACAAGAUGUGGUAUUUGGCAAAAUUGAUUCGCGGGAUGUCCAUUGACCAGGCUUUGGCUCAGUUGGAAUUCAGCGAUAAGAAAGGGGCUCAAAUAAUCAAAGAGGUUCUCUUACAAGCACAAGAUAUGGCAGUGAAAUACCACAAUGUGGAAUUCAGGUCCAAUUUGUAUGUAGCUGAGUCCCACUCGGGGCGAGGCCAGUGCCAGAAAGGCAUUCGCUACCACGGGAGAGGUCGCUUUGGGAUCAUGGAGAAGGUGUAUUGCCAUUAUUUCGUGAAGUUGGUGGAAGGACCUCCACCUCCCCCAGAGCCACCAAAGACGGCCAUGGAACACGCCAAGGAGUACGUUCAGCAGCUUCGAAGCCGGACUAUCACCCACGCCCUGUGAUGGGGUGCACCCUUCACAGUGUAUAUAUUUUGCCAUUUCUAAAAAUAAAAAUGUAAGACAAA